AGCCGUCGAUUCUUCGAGUCCUCAAGGGCAUUCUGGGAAACAGGACCGUGUUAUUUGUUUUCAUCUUAUCCAAGAUGGCGUCUUGGAAAUGCUCUGCUAAAGCGCCAACCGAGACAAAACUAAGGAAAUAUAAAGCCUGAUCCCAAGGUGUUUUCAAAAGCUAAUGGGCUCGCCAGCUACAAAUGUACUGGUUUUUUCACUCCCUAUUGCUCUGAUUGCUGUCAUUGUGAUUGCCCUCACUUGCGCAUUCUGCUGCCACUUACUCAGAGCCAGAAGGCAACUUUUAUCACAAGAGCAAGGCAAUGUUGGGACACAGAGAAGAAGUUUUCCAAAAGGACUGAAGAAGGUUAAUUAUAAGAAGAAAUGGCUAGCCAAGUCAAAGUUAAAAAGUGAUAUGUGCACAAUUUGUCUGGAAGAUUUCAUAAACAAAGAGGAAGUGAAUAUGUGCAAGUGUGGCCACGCCUACCAUAACAAGUGUAUAAUGAAAUGGUUGGAGGUACGCAACUCUUGUCCUAUCUGUCAGAGAGGCUUGCAGUCUAGGGCAAACAAUGAAAGAACCCCCUUACUUAACAAUUAUGAUGUCCCUAUUGAUGUGUAACUGUUGUUAACCAUCCUGCCUAUCUUUGUACAAUGCAUAGAACAAUGUGGAGUGUUAAUAAUUGUUUGUCCAGCAUUUGAGCUAUCCACAAUGAUAGCCAGGAUUUCAGCAGUCUCUUUUAAAAUGGCAUUGAUAUCCAAGAGACAAGAAAUUGCUGAAAUUUAUGCUUCUAGAGAAUAUUUUUAAUAUGGAGAUGGUUUAAGCACAACAGGCUACCACGAUUUUAUAAUAUUUGAAAACUAUGGAUCGAAUCUCAAAGAGGGCCAGAAGGUAAGCACCAAAACAACCAAAUUUACAUCUUUAAGUUUCUUUGUUUAAAGUAAUACAGUGGAACCUGGAUUUUACGGUAACCUUGAUUUUACAAUGGCAUUCUUUUCUCCCGGCGGAAAUACAGUGAAAUUACCUUGAUUUUACGAUAUGUCACAGUAUAUCACCGUAUAUCAGUGCUGUAGCAGGCCUAAAAAUAUGGGGGAGGGGGGCACGAGACACCACACACGGACAGAACAGUUAAUCAAUGUAUUUUCCCUUUACCUUUGCAACGAUACCUUCAUUCUACGAUACAUUUUUCCCCCCGAGGCAUAUCGUAAAAUUCAGGUUCCACUGUAACAAUAUGUUCUUGCAUACUUUCGUUAUGCAUUUCCAACAGUGACUGAGUUGGUUUCAUCACUACUUAAAUAGUUAAAAUAAGACUGGAAACAAUAGACACAUAGUUUUGCUUCCUGGUCACCAUCUAGUGUAACUAAGCUAGUUUGGAUUUUUUUAAUCCUGGAGGUGUGACAUAUAGUUUUUAGCAUACAUUUUAUGAGGUUUAUUUUUAUGGGCUCGUCAGAUACCGAGAAGUGCAGUGGAUUCCAGAUAUUUAGCGGCUACUGAAAUUAAAUAAUGAAAGGGGUUUGGGUUUAUUUGGCGAAUAUAAAACUCCAAGAGAUUUUCAGAUGAUAUAAAGCAUUUAUGUAUUGCUAGAUAUAAUGAUAAUGAAAAUAUUUGUAUAUGAAUAAAAUAAGAUGGAAAUUUAAA